GUCUUCCAUUCAUUCUCAGAACUCCAAACUGACUUUCAUGUGGAUUUUGUGCUGACGCUAAGCACGCCGCUACAAUAACCCAAAUAGACAUCCCCAUUAUCAGGUCGGAAAAUGCUGCGAGUCAGGUGUCUCCGAGGAGGUAGCAGGGGGGCAGAGGCCGCCCAUCUGAUCGGAGCUAUGCUCGGCCGUGCGGUGACUGGCUGGGUGCAAAGCGCGUUCCAGAGCAGCUCGAGUUCUGCCGCUGCCGCGUCCGCCGCGCAGCCACAUCGUGCUGUGGAGGAAGACGCUGUUACUGAACCUGCGGAGCACGAGUGCCCGGUCUGCGCCUACAACGAAUGGGACCCACUCGAGGAGGUGAUUGUGGGGCGCGCAGAGAACGCGCGCGUGCCUCCCUUCACCGUUGAGGUCAAGGCCAACACCUAUGAGAAGCAUUGGCCCUUCUACCAGAAGUACGGGGGCCAAACCUUUCCUAAGGACCACUUGAAGAAAGCCGUUGCUGAGAUUGAGGAAAUGUGCAAUAUUCUCCGCAUGGAGGGAGUUACGGUUCAGAGACCUGAACUCGUGGACUGGUCCUUUGAGUACAAGACUCCAGAUUUCAACUCUACCGGGAUGUACGCUGCCAUGCCCAGAGACAUCCUCAUGGUGGUGGGGAAUGAGAUUAUCGAGGCGCCCAUGGCCUGGAGGUCCCGCUUCUUUGAAUACCGGGCCUACAGGCCCCUCAUCAAGGAGUACUUCAGAAAGGGCGCCAAGUGGACCACGGCCCCCAAACCCACCAUGGCCGACAAGCUGUACGACCAGGACUACCCGAUUCGUACGGUGGAGGACCGUCACAAGCUGGCUGCCCAGGGGAAGUUUGUCACCACGGAACACGAGCCUUGCUUUGACGCCGCAGACUUCAUCCGAGCUGGUCGGGAUCUGUUUGUCCAGAGGAGUCAGGUGACAAACUACAUGGGGAUCGAGUGGAUGCGUCGCCACCUCGCCCCGGACUACAAAGUCCACAUCAUCUCGUUUAAAGACCCGAACCCCAUGCAUAUUGAUGCCACCUUCAACAUCAUUGGACCGGGGCUUGUGCUCUCCAACCCGGACCGGCCCUGUCGUCAGGUGGAGAUGUUUGAGAAGGCCGGGUGGAAUGUGGUAAAGCCUCCAACUCCUCUGAUUCCGGAUGACCACCCCCUCUGGAUGUCGUCUAAGUGGCUGUCGAUGAACGUGUUGAUGCUGGACCCCGGGAGGGUCAUGGUGGACGCCAAUGAGCACACCAUUCACAAGAUGUUCCAGAACCUCGGUAUCAAGACCAUCAAGGUGAACAUUCGCCACGCCAACUCCCUGGGGGGGGGCUUCCAUUGCUGGACCACUGACGUGCGUCGUCGUGGCACCCUUGAGUCCUACUUCAACUAGCCGGGCCAGAAACGGGCAGUUUUUAUUGAGCUUAAAUAUGGUUAACGUCCCAAUCGACAAUGUGCAGUUUAACUCUUCUACUUCAAAAAAAGAUAUAUAUAUAUAUAUAAAAAGAAAACCGUGUGUUGACGUGACCUGCGCUGUAUGUGCACCGAAGCUUAAGCUGAUUUUUAUUGCUAAAAAAAAAAAUAACAAAACAACAGAAGUUUUAGAGAUUUGCUUUUA